AUGGCGGAAUUCGUCCAACGAGCACUGGAGCAAAUGCUACCAGAAUUGGAAGACAUGCAAGAAAAUAACUUGUUUACUCGAGAUGAAAUCAGAGCCUUGGUUAAGAAACGUACUCAUUACGAAUAUCAAUUGCAACGUCGCGUAGUUAGAAAGAUCGAUUUUAUACGAUAUAUCAAGCAUGAAAUGAAUUUAGAAGCGGAAAGAAAUAACAGGAAGCGGGGUAGUACCAAAGUUGUAAGCAAAGCCUUCUCUAGAAUGUUACAAGCUCACCCUUACAGAUCAGAAUUUUGGAUUAUGGCUGCCAAGUGGGAAUUUGAAGAUAACAAAGAUAUUGAUAAUGCUAGAAUCUUACUUUCUUCACGCUUAAAAACGGAUACCUCUAGACGAAUCAUGCAACUUGCAAUUAGAAGAAACUCUACGUCAAAAUCACUAUGGCCGGAAAUGCGUAAAAGGCGACAAGUACUCAAUAUCAGCGAACCGAAUCAAGACGAUUCCGGUGAAAUGUCGGAUGAAUUUUUUGCUAACAAAAUUGCUGACGUAGUCUAUCAAAAUGCUGUCAAGGCGAUACCAGAUGAUAUUGAAUUUAGAAUGUCAUUUAUUGGAAUUUACAAAUUAUUUGAAUCAACAAAGCAGUAUCGAGACGCAAUUUAUAAUAGUUUGUUAGAUGACUUUCCCGAUCAAGAAGCUAGUUGGCAUUUCUUUGCCGAAAAAGAAUAUGAUGAUCAUCCUGAUAUAAAUGCGCUACCAGUGCAAAUGUGGGACUACUAUUUGUCAUGGUACUACGAGAAAGUCGUACUUACUUCUCCAACGUGUCUAUCAAAGUUGGAAAUUUUACUAGAAAUAUUUGAAAAAGCUGCUGCUGGAAAAAAGUUAUCUGAAAAUAAAUAUUUCUUAUGGAUCAAGAUCUUGCAGAAAAUAAGAAAAGAUCAAGAUAUUCCGGCCGUACUUGAAAAAUAUAUACGUGAUUUUAAUUCGGAAUUGCAAUCUUGGAAAUUUUAUCUGACAUUACUUUUAAGUUAUCAAGAAGUGUAUGAAGAACACGAUAUUGAAAAUGGAUUUGAUAAAGCCUUAAAGUGUCUACCAGUUAAGACUUCGAUUCCAAUUUGGCAAUUGCGACUAGAAUGGUAUUUAACAAGCAAGCCCAAGCUUGUAAAUACUUUUUUAGAGAAAACAAUAAAUCUAUCUCCUGAAAUCGCUAAGCCGAUGCAAGAAAGAUAUUUAGAAUGGACGGCCUUAAAUAAGAGUAUCAGAAAAGUUCGAAAAGUCUACACCAAUCUGAUAGCGAAUUCUCUCGUAUCUAUUGAAUUCCUUUGCAUGUGUGUUGAUAUAGAACAGCAACAGGCUCCCCCUGAUAUAAGCAAAUUACGAAAAUUAUAUGAUUUAAUUCUAUCACAAAUUGGCGAAUCAUCGGCAGAAUAUUGGAUAAAAUAUAUAAAAGCCGAGAAAGCCUGGGGACAGCCUGCUCUUGCUAAUACAAUUUACUGGAAAGCACUGAAGACAUUGCAAGGGGAGGAUAAUUACGAUUUUAUAAAAUCAUAUGCAUUACUGUAA